AUGGCCUCCAAACUCGGUGCCACCUUCGUGCCUGGCAGCGACGAUGACUAUUUUAUGCCAGAGGUUGUUGCGCCGUCGCCUCAACGGGUGACCCCUCAGGUGCCGCAGAACAUGCAGGAGGACCUGCAGCGCAUGGAACUGGAAGCCCGUGAAGUCCACGACUACAAUAGAAGCCGCGAGCCCUCGCUGUCGACCUACACCGGCCAGAAGCCCGAUCCCAGAGGCUACGGUCAUAGCCCUAGCCACAGCCAGAGCCAGACGCCGAGCCAGACGCGGACAACACGGCUGCCCGACAUGGACGAAGACGCCCCUUCAUUCUCGCCUUUCCCCAAGGUCGUGGGGGACAACGUGCCGCCGGCCGACGACGAGAAGGAGAACAUCCUGUGGAAGGCGCGCAACCAUGUGCUGCACUCGCAGAAUGUCAACAUGCAAAUCACUUGGGCCCGCGAUGUGCUCAACUGGGCCGAAAUCUCCAUGGACGCCGCUGCCAGAGAGGCGGCCGAGAGUGGUAAUCGCCCCCCAACCCCACGAAAGGAGCACGAGCUGCGCAACGACGCAGUCAACAUCAUCAGAUACCUGGCCGAGCAGGAACACCCAGAUGCCCUCUACAUCCGCGCCAAAUGGCUCGAGUUUGGCAAGUUCGGCGAACGCGUCGACAAGCGCGAGGCCUACUCGGGGUACAAGAAAGCGAGCGACUUGGGCAGCACACGGUCCGUCUACCGCAUGGGCAUGCUGUUUGAGCAGUCCAACGACAUGUCCAAGGCCAAGGAGUAUUACUACAAGGGUCUCAGCUUGAAGGAUUCGGCCGCCCUGUACCGCAUGGGCAUGAUGAGUCUCCUGGGCCAGCACGGCGAGACCAAGGACUACCAAGGAGGCCUGGAGCGCAUUCGAGCCGCCGCCGACAGUGCGGAUGAGGAUGCUCCUCAGGGUGCGUACGUCUACGGUAUGCUCAUCGGACGUGACCUGCCCGACAUCAGCAUACCCGAAGGCAUCUUGCCCUAUGCUAUUGAAACGUCAAAGGUCUAUGUCGAAAAGGCGGCCUAUCUUGGCUUUGCCAAAGCUCAGCUUAAAAUGGGUCAGGCGUACGAGCUGUGCCAGCUGGGAUGUGACUUUAAUCCCUCCUAUUCCCUACAUUACUACGGCUUGGCUGCCAAGCAAGGAAUUCCAGAAGCCGCCCUUGGUGUUAGUCGAUGGUUCCUCUUUGGCUACGAGGGUGUCUUCAAAAAGAACGAAGAGCUGGCUUUCAAGUAUGCUCACGAGGCAGCGUCCGCGAAGCUGCCCACUGGCGAGUUUGCCAUGGGCUACUACCACGAAAUCGGUAUCCACGUCAACAAGGACGUUGUUGAAGCCCAGCGGUGGUACCAACUGGCGGCUGACCACGGCAACAAGGACGCCGUCGGUAGAUUAGAGUCGCUUAGCCAGGGUGGUAGCGGCCUCUCCAAGCAGGAUCACGAAACAACCACCCUGGGACGGAUCAAGUCUCAGCACGGCUCUAUGAGAGGCAAGCGCCCCGAUCGAUUCAACAAGCAAAAUAACCCAAUGCCCACGCUCAGUGAAGGCGAUGGUCCAGCACCACUGCCCAAACUCGUCACAUCAGUUGGCAACUCUCGAGUCUCACCUUUGCCCUCACCGGGCAUGCGUCCCACAAUUGUGACGGAGAACAACAGCUUUGCCGAGCCCUCCAGGGCGUCCUUUGUCGAUACGGCUGAUCGACAGCCGGCCUUUAACAUCCGUGUCGAUCCAAACGCCCCACCCAUGCGUUCUCAGUCUGCCGCUCCUUAUCCCGUAGACGAUCGGAUGCAGCCGCCGCGGAACGCGCCCUAUCCAGACGACGAUGGCCGGCCCCGCCUCAACAACAACUACCCCCCGGGUCAGGGCCCUCCAGCAGACCGGCCAGGCAGUGCCUUUGGUGUCAGACCACAAGGAAAUGGUCCACCACGGCCAAUGCCGGGCCCACAGGGCAACAUGUAUCCUCCUGGAGGCGGACCUGGCCAGGGACGCCCAUACCCAGGAGACAGCCGACCUGGAAGCGCCCACAGCGGAAACCGCAUGCAGAACGGACCGCCCCAGGGAUAUGGUGGUCCUGGAGGCCCGAUGGGCGGCCCUCAUGGAGGGCCAGAGCCCGGGCAGUUCGCUCCUCGAACCUCAUCACGACAAGAUGGGCAUCCUGAUCAACAGUAUCACCCUGGCGGCCCAGGUGGUCCCGGAGGUCCCGGAGGCCCAGGUGGUCAUUUCCCAGAAAGGCUGGGAUCUCUCCCCGGCCAAGGUGGACCACCAGGAAGAGUCCAGACCGGAGGGCCCCCUCCCGGACAUGGACCCGGACCUGGACAUGGACCCGGACCCGGGCCUCAAGGUCCUGGAGGCGGACCCCGGCCAGGUCCCGGUCCCAACCGAGUUGGCACUGCUCCUCCGGGACCUGCUCCUCAGCACAGCUCAAGUCCUGCACCAGGCCCAGGCCCUGGCCCGGCUUCUCCUCCAGCCAAGGCCAAGCCAUCAGGCAAGUCAGGACCGGCAACGUUUGAAGAUAUGGGAAUUCCGCAGGGCAAACAAGACGGCGAUUGUGUUAUCAUGUAG